AUGUUGGAACAACCUGAUGGCCUGCGCAAAGUAACGCUGCCUAACAAAAGAAAAAUACACGGCUUCAAAGCGAAUAUUCCGUUUGUUAACGAGAACAAACAAUUCAGCAAACGACACGGUGGCAGCUUCGACUUUUAUUUAGCAGCCGGACGCGUCUGCACGGAAAUUGAAGCGCUGCUCGCGUAUAUGACUCGCCGCAUUCGUAGCUCCGAUGUCGGGGAUAAUCGACUCUAUAUUCGACCGCAAUCAUUCGUAUCCAUUUUCUUCGUCGAUUGUGGUCUUCAAACAUAUUUAAGCGUUAAAAAGCCGGAUGAUCCCAUUACACUUCUACAGUGUCCAUCAUCACAGAAAAACGGUCGCAAUGACGAUUGUGAAUGCGUCCUUUCGAUUAGUAUGUCAGUCUUUCAAAGAUGCAGACAGCACGGACGAAAUUUCGUCUUGGAACGCACGAAGAUCCGAAUCUUUUGUAUUGAGAAGCGCACUCAAGUGUCGUUUAAUUCAAGUCUGGUGGAGAAAUAUGCGUCAGUACGGAUCGAUGCAAUGCAUUUUUUUCCGACAGCGUAUCUCGCAGUUCGUUCGCACCAAAAUUCUAACUCAUGUGUGUAG